CAAUUCUCAUCAUCCUAAUCCUCUUAAACCUGGACACACCUGGACAGUAUCCUGGGGCCCGUGCAAAAACUGGCCGCCCACUUCCUGACACUAUUUUCCCCAUACUAGUGCCUCUCAUUGGGGGCAUUUUCGAACUUGAAAUGAAUCCCGCCGGGUUCCUGCCGGUGAAGCCCCUUCCUCUGUGGGUGGUCGCGUGCGGCCAAGCGGUGGCUGAUGUAGUCAAGUUCACAACUGGGAUGGAGGUCCCUUACCAAGAGGGGCUCAUGCUCAUCGUGAGCACGAUCGUGAUGAUUGUCUCCAUUGUCAUUUGGAUCGUCAUCGAUGCCGGCAACCGAGCCGACAAACAAGCCCACCAAGCGGUGUUAGACGCAAGAUUACACCCACGGCCCACCAACGCCACCUCCCGACGCUCCUUGGAUCUGGAGCGCCUGACCGAGCUGGCGCGCGCCGCCGCGGCCGCCGCCAAUGGCCGGGAUGGGGGCGGCAGCACCAGCGGUGAUUUGGCUGGGGAUGGUGGCGCAGCAUACAGCUCUACGGGCGGCGGCAGCGGCGGCUCGGCUUACACAGAGAAGCUGUAUUUCCGGGAGGGAGCUGGCGGCGGUUCGCUGCGCAAGCGCAUGCAGCAGCUAUGAGGAGGAGCAGGAGAGUGAUGGGCAUGGGUUGCUGUAUGACUGUCGGGCGUGGGGUACAAGAGAAUGUACGUGAGCAAGAUACCACACGGAGAAACGACGGCGAGGGGUGUUUGGCCGCACAAACGCGCCCUCCGUGUCAUGAGUCCCGCCGGCCAGCGUCCACCUGCGCCUUGGUAAACGAGUGCGCUGCCCGCCUCAAUGUGAGGUAUAGCAUGCGCUAACAGCUAGGAUCAGCGCGAGUGCGGCCCCGGCUUUGCAGCGCGGCCGCGGCACCCGCGGCACCCGGUACGCGCCUUGGUCGCCGGGAGCUCGGUCGGCUGCAGCCAUGGGCGGAAGCGAUGGGUGGUUACCGGUAUCAGCAGCAGCUGCAUGAAGCUGUUGAGGUUUCACGGAUUUAGGGCUAUGUACAGGGCGGCUGGCGGACUGAGCAUGGCUUGGAAGUGUAAAGAAGGAGCUUGCUGAGGCAGGGUGUUAAGUAGAAGCGCUGUACCCCGUUGAGCGUUACCAGGAGGGUGUCGCAGCACAAAUCCGGGCUUCGGACGAGAUUCUCGCAGCUAUGAAGGAGUCUCUUGUGCGCAAGCCAGUUGGUAGGCACGGGGCUGUAGGGAUUGGGGGCACUCACGUGUGUGUGUACGUAGGCGUGUCGCUGGGUGCGCUGUGCGGGGCGGCCGUGUCAAGAGUUCCGGGACACCCUGGCCACUAAUAGCAGUGAGGUGCGUUUUCAUGUCCCUGUGAACUGGUAGCCUAGAGCUUUUGGUGGUUGCAGGGUCCGCCACGUGCGUACAGUAGGUUGCCGCAUGAACGGUGCAGGUUGUCAGUGCCAAGUGUACGGUUCAGGUACUGUCAGUGAAUUGCACAUUGGACUGCAUCACUUCAAUAUAAGUGGUGUGGUACGAGGUGUGUUUUCUGCCGGGUUGCGCUGCCUAGUGACCACGGCAUUGUGGUACCUCAGCGCGCCACGGCGCCGCUCAAAUGUCAAUGCACGUGCAGUAAAGGAAUGCCAGGGACAGUGCUAAUACCGUAUACAGGUAUACUGGAGCGCCACCGGAUGCAAAUGAAUCAAAUGAUGUGUCUGUGCGUGUUAUGGAGAGUCUGGGUCACCUUGCCUAGGGGCCACGCCCGCCCUCAUUUUCAGGAGUAAUUCGGGAACUGUACCGGGAAUGUACACUGUCGAAGAAAGGGUAGGGCCUUCCCCCGCGUGCCUUCCCUACCUGACACCGUGCCAGUGUGUCAGUGAUGCUUACAAUUGAGACCGAGGGGACUGCGCCAAACGCGGAUGGUCACUGUGUCCUCUGGACAGCGCCGACCGCUGUGCCUAACUGUAAUUCAUCCAAUCU